GUCCCAACUCCCAAGCAAGCUUCGACGGUCCACUGCUCUAGGAAGCGUCAUCCAAAUUUAUCUCCAGGCUGACAUACACCCAACCAAGUGCCGUUCGGAAACCGCUCCCUUACCUCGUAGCACUGGUAGCCUUCGGGAGAAAAGGCUUUUUUUGCCAAGUAAAAAUCAAUCGCCCACUUCGGGCUUCUUGCCAAAAUGCCGCCCCCAAUGCCUCUAGGCGGCCAAGGGCUGGCCCUCCGCCCAGCAACAGUUUCGGCCUUGAGAUGCGCGGCGACGAGCAGUACUAGGCAAUUCACCACCUCUCGCCCUCACCAAAAAGUCAUGAUCCCGCCCGAGUCGCCCAAGUUCAUCAACCUCCCGGAGCCGCCUCAGUCCAAGGUGCUCCCCAGGGUCCGCAACAAGGGAAAGCUCCCCGUGCCCCGACAAGUCUUCGACCUGCGUCGGCGUGCCCCGGGGUUGCCCAGCCAUGGCCGCAGAGACCCGCGUCUCCAGGAAGGCUACGUCGACACCGUCAUGCCCAAGUCGAAAGCUGAGCUGGAGGGCGAGGGCAAGGCCAGGACACCACUCCAGCAGUGGCGCAGGCAGUUGACCGACAACCGCAGGGCCGCCCUCGAGGAGGGUCUCAAGGGCCUUUUCCAGCGCCAGUUGAAGAAGGACAGGUUUGAACGCCGCGAGAAGGCGCGACUCCAUCGCGAAAACGUCGACGCCUUACACGCCCCGGAGCGAAGAGACGACUUUCUCAACCGUUCAACGAUCCGCGCCGACACUAUCAGCACCAAGGUCGAGCUUGACCCUCUCCGCCACGAGCGGGCCGCCGAGUCGGCCAAGCGCACCGCUGCCGUUCUCCAGGCGCGGGCUGAGCGCCGUCGCGACCAUCUGCAGGCGCUGUACAUGGCCGCCAAGGAUUUCAUCGUUACCGAGGAGGAACUCGCACAGCACAUUGAGUUCCUCUUCUCCCCAGAAAACCCAGCCAAUUCCCACAAAGACCCGAACACGGGCGCCACGGCCGAGAACAUCUGGCAGCUCAAGGGCAAGCCCUUCAGGGUCUCUGAGCGCAUGACACAGUUUGCAAGGACCUCCAAUGACGACAGUCGCAACUCGAACGAGACCAGGGAGACUCACCGCCAGAAAUAUGUGGCUGAGGAACUUACGGGUGGAAAGCUUUAGUUUGGGGUCACAAAACACAAAUCUAGUGGGCUGAUUUGAGGCGGUUUACAUUUUGCCCGGUUGACGCUGACCAUAUCUGUUUAUUAUGUACAAUUAUACUGGUGUAAAACUCUGUAGGUUUGAACAUGCUUGAUUAUCGAUCAUUUCGGGCCCCGUUAUUUAAACCAUUCUUUGGCAUCUUGGGCAGCAAAUGCUUUAUUGCCUUGAUAGUUGGUUCAUCACAGAUCACAAGUAAACUACCUACAUAAUCUAGGCUAGGCUUUUGAGGAUUAACUAAUGACAACCACGCACAAGUCAACAAAACGAAGUCGAUUACAUAUAUUUUACUACCUCCACAUCAUGUACAAAAGGAGUUACAAGUGGGGAGCAAAUUGAAGAAAAGUAAAUCGCAAACGAAACAUCAAAGAAAUAGGAAACUGAUGAAAGGAAG